AUGGACCCGAGUACAGACCAGUUCCCUUCCAGCCGGUCUUUCUAUGUGCCAGGCAACUUCGUUCAGGAAGGGUCUCUGGCAUCUGGAAGUGGCGCUGUGCAGCUGAUCCAGGCGCAGGUUGGAGACACCUUGGCGCUCUCCGUGCAUGCCGGAUCAGCAGAAGACGAGACACAGAUCAGCUAUGCAGUGAAAGAAGCAGACGGGGCCGUCAUCUCCACUGUGCAGGCCGCUGAUGGGUACGACGUGAAGUUCCCGCAGAUGCAAAUUUUCCAGGUUCAAGGUCCAGGUGUGUGCGCACAGAACGCUGUUGACACCGCCAGCCCGACGACGUGGCCCUCCAACUUUGGGGACCCCCAGUACAUGGUCGUGGCUGCGGAUUUCGUUUACUUUGUGCCUACUUCUGGUUCUACGCUGUUCCGCGUGGAUGCGGAAACCAUGACUCAGGUUCAAGAGUUGGCCGUGGACUCAAGCUUCUCCUCAGGGUUCACAGACCCAACCGAGCAAUACAUCUACUUGGUCCCAGAUAGUUCUGGCUACGCCUUCAAGCGUGUGUCUACAAGCGACUUUGACGUCGGUGGGCUCAUCCAAACCGCCACCUUGUCGUACACGAGCUACAUGGGUGGUUUUGUUGCCGGCGAGUAUGCGUACGCGUUUCCUGGCAUCUGGUCCCAGGGCGUCAUCAGCAGAGUAGACACGCUUCUUUUUGGCACUGUCAGUGAACUGGACCUGAAAGCUGUCGAUGGGAGGCUGCGGGAUUUUUCUGGCGGGUACUACUUUGAGGAGUGGGGUUACCUGGUGCCCUACCAGGACAACUCCAACGCGCCUAGUGACAAGGUGGUCCGUUUCAAGCUGGCAUCCUUUACUACAGCAGACGUGGAAGUUCUUCAGCUGUCCGCGUCAGCAGGCUUCAUUACUGGGUUUGAGGACGGAAGGUAUGGCUAUCUGAUGGGGAGCUCGAGUGGUGACCUUGUCCGGUUCAGGUUGGACAUCUUCGGUGAAGAGCAGACGCUGUCCUUGAGCAGUGACCUCAGCAACGCGGUCAGCGGAUCUCUGAAGGUGGGAAAUUACGCCUACAUCUUUGCCGAAGAUGGCAGGGUAGUGCAUGUGGACCUCGCGACAUUCAACAUCUACGACGUUUUUGACGUGAACACUGGUUCCAGCGGCCCUCGUCCUGCAGUUCUUGUGGGGGACAAGGUCAUAGUCAAAGACGCGUCCGUGGGACCUUCCUUCGGCAGGAUUUGCCAGGACUGGAUGCACCGGCAGCACACCCUACGAGAGCAGUGCCUGCAAGAGGCGUCUCUCUACAUCAUGACGGAGCCUCAAGCAAACGACUACUCAAGCUUUACAAGCAUCUUCACAGACGAUAUGUACAUUUACUUCUUCCGCCAGUCGUACGGCCUCUUUCGCUCCGAGCUGCUUCUUGACAGCACGAGCGCGCUGCCCAGCCAGAUGAUGACUCUCCCUGCGGCUGUUCUGGACAGUAGCUACUUUGGAGGUAUCGUCGAUGGCAACUAUGGCUACCUUCUGCCUUCUUUGAACCAUGCUACCGUCGUUCGCUUUCGGCUGGAAACCUUCACCUUCGUCGAUUCAUUGGACCUGAAGGGUGCCUACGAGGGGGAGCCUUCGACGGUCAUGAACAACUGGUGGGGUGGGUUUGUGCAUGGAGGGCACGGCUACCUUCUGCCAAACUGGGAUGGUAUAUUUCCGCAGUUCCAGUUGGAUGACUUUUCCACGGUGGUGUUACUGGACCUCACGACGGUGGAUACAGAUUUGAGGACAUUCAGAAAAGGAGUCUUGAAUGGCGACCACGUCUACCUGGUGCCACACGACGUUCCCGACACCGGCCUGGGCUCCUGCAAGGUGGCCAGGGUGAAUCUGGAAGGGAGCUUUGACGCCAGCUCCGUGACGGUCUGGAACAUUGACGGCUGGGCAUCGGAUGGAGAAGGAGGGACGUAUUGUGGAGGUACUUCGCAGGGCUUCAGCGAUGGAUUCACCGAUGGCACCUACAUGUACAUGCUGCCAGGUUCUUCCGGCACCCAUCUGGCUCGCUUUUCCUUCGUGGAUUUCGGCAGCACUGCAGCUGGGAAUCCAGCUGCAGUUGCGUGGGUGGUGUUGACAACGUCUUCCUACGAUGGCUUGGCAGGCUUUCCAGGGGCCACCUCGGCGUACCUGGUGCAGAAAUGGAGCAGUCAUCUCGGAAAGCUGGACAUGGCCAGUGCCACGCUCACUGGCAGCGUCGACAUCAGCCAGGUCGACAGCUCGGCGUAUUCCUUCUACGCCGCAACCUCCAGCCUCUCAGAUGUUCUCCUGGUUAGCGACAUGGACUACACCAAACUUUAUCGGGUGUGCCAGGACUAUGUGUCGCCGGGCUUCUGCAGUGGUGUUUCCAGCAAGACCAUUGCGUAUUCCAACAGUGACUACACGGGUUUGACCAGUGCUUUUGCCGAUGACACCUACAUCUAUCUCAUUCCACACCAGCGUUCCGUGUUGUUCCGCUAUGAUCUCCAGAAUACAGUAUCCUUCGUUGACCUGCCGACGAGUCAGGCAUACAAAGGAGGCUUUGUGCAUGGAAGUUAUAGCUACCUUGUGCCGGCGUCCGGCAACGGUCUGCUCCUCCGUGUCGACUUGAACGAGUGGCAUCCCUCGUGGGUUCAGAGCACAGACCUCUCGCUGGUGUCUGGCAAUUUGAGAAGUUUCUUCGGUGGAUUCCACGAUGACAGCUAUGGUUAUCUUGUCCCGGCAGAGUAUGGAGUCGUCGCGCGCUUCCAGCUUGGAAGCAGCUUCGGUGACAUCAUGGCACUAGACGUAACGGCGAUCGACAGUGACUUGCGGAAGUUCCGGAAUGGUUUCUCAGACGGCACCUGGGGGUACCUUGUGCCCUACCAGACCCAGUCGAACCAGGCCUCGGGGAAGGUCGUGCGCUUCGACCUUGCUACCUUCAGCACCGUGGAAGUGCUCGACGUGGCUGCACAGAAUGCAGAUGCCAAGGAGUUCAACGAUGGAUUCCACGAUGGCACAUUCGGUUACUUGGUUCCAGCCAGCACUGGAAUUAUCGCACGAUUCCCGCUCAGUACGUUCCUUGCGUCAGAAGUGACGUAUCUGGAUGUGUCCGCGACAGGCGUGAGCUACCUCACGGGCAACUCGCGCGUGCACAGUGGCUUCAUGGUCUCGGACAUGGGCAAGCUGAUCGAGUUCAGCCUCGGCCAAUUCUCCGCAUCUACCGUCAAGGCAGAUCUGGAGACUCAGUUGUACGACAUGGUCAUGGUUCAGGGCCGAUUUUAUGCCAUGCCCUCGACGAAUUUCAAUGAGUUCAUCCGCAUUUGCAUGGACGAGCAGCCUUACGUACAAUCCGAGCGGACUGCUUGCCUCGAGGGGCAGGACUUCCAGAACUAUUCCGAUGUGCUGCCAAUGUCCGUUACCAGUGUUGGCGGUGUCUUCAGCGACGACCUUUACUUGUACACGUUGCCAAUGUCUUUCAUGGAGGUUCAUCGAAUGGACUUGGCAACGUUCCAGGUUUAUGGGUACCUGGACCUCUCCACACUUGGUCUGGCCGGUGCCGGCUUUUCGGCUGGCCUUUCGGAUGGAGCUUUUGGAUACAUGCUUCCCGGGUAUAGUGGCUCGAAUGUGGUACGCUUUGAUCUUGCAACCUUCUCACUUCCUGCCCCAGCAGUGUUGGACCUAAGCCAGGUGGAUUCGAACCUGAGAAGCUUCUCGGGUGGCUUUCAAGGUGGCGGCAAAAUUUUCCUGGUGCCCGAGGAGACUGGAUACUUUGUAGAAAUGAGUGCCGACUUCAGUAGCGGAAGUGUGCGAUAUCUGGAUCUGACGUUGAUUGACGCUGCCCUGGCAAACCUCAAACCUGGAUUUGUCGAACUAGCCGGUGCUUUCGCAUUCCUGGCCUCCAAAGCGGACGCAUCGUACCAAAACACGGGCAAGAUCGUGAAGAUUGAUCUUGGUAGUUUCUCUGUCGACAGUGUUCUGGACCUGGAAGCCGUGUCAUCGCAGUACGUUGCCUUCUCUGCCACGUUUUCCGAAAACUCUGGCAACUCAGGCUUUGUCAUAUGCACCAGCACUCCGAAACUGAUACAAUACGCUCUGGACACCAUGACCUUUACGGCGGAGAAGGAUUUCAGCGAACAUAGUUUCACUGGCUUUGCGUACGGUUCGCACGAUGGAACUUAUGGAUACCUGGUCUCUGAUUCCUCUCCCAAGAUCGUGCAGUUCGACUGGGGCCAACAACUUUUCGCCGUCGUCGACGCCAGCGCAACCUUCCCCAGCAUGUAUGGCUUUUCAAGCUUCGCGAUGAGCGGGUCGGACCUCUACCUUGGAUCCAGCUCCGAGUAUAGAACCUUCUACCGCAAGUGCUCACAGGAGUUGACGCUCCAGACGUCGACGAGCACUGUUACGGCGACGUCGUCGACGGGCACUGGCGAGACGUUGACGUCGACGAGCACCACUGUGUCAUCGACGAGCACUGCCACAGUCACGUUGUCAUCCACGAGCACUGCCACAGUCACGUUGUCAUCGACGAGCACUGCCACAGUCACGUUGUCGUCGACGAGCACUGCAGUCAGAUUGAGUGACUUCAACGACACCUUCAAUGAUACCAACGAGUCGGACUCGGACUGGCGUACGUCCGUGACAGCAACCACCACUUUUACCACAACCUUUACCACCUCCACGACCUCCACCACGUUCGUUGCCAACAGAACUUACCUGUCCAUCGGCCUGUUUGAUGCGGCUGGCGACGGCUGGAACGGCGCAAGGUUUGUACUUCGCAAUUUCUCCCGACGCUUUGUGAAUGUGAGCUUCAUCAUGAGAUCCAGCAGUCCCAGCGGCUGGAGUGGCGCCUCCUACAGGCUGAGGCGGGAUGACCCACGCCGUCCUGAGAGAACUUGGACAGGUACGUUGGCGGAUGGUUUCUUCUUCCAGGAGGAUGUCAUUGCCGAUACCAGGUCUGGAGACUUCUUGGAGCUUGAGAUCACACCAGGCAACUGGAGCAACAUCAGCUGGGCCAUCCUGGAUGACGAAGGCUUCACCAUUGCGGAGGCCAACGAAUGGUCUCCCUUCGAGCAGCGAUUCCCACAUGGGCUACGGGUGCCGGUACCAGGUGAGGUGAAGCGCACGGGCACGCUGGCCAGAGGCGCUGAGAAAGUGAUCCAGAUCCCUGUGGAGCCGGGAGACCGCAUGUCAUUUUCUGUGAUGCCACCAAUGGUGCUUGAACCGUACUAUGACGAGUUGUAUUUCCGGCAGCUGUACACCGACGGAGCGCUAACAGGUGGGCAAGUCAAUCAAACUGCAGCGCUUGAAAUCUCCUGGUUCUUGUCGAUGUCUGGGAGCGCAGCUGACGCCAUCAUUGCUUCUACGAGUGUGGUCGCAGACUCCCCCGAGUGGUUCGGGUGGUUCCCGGCAAACCAGGUUUUCACCAUUCCAGGCGGAGACAUUGCGGUUGACCAGUGCAGCAAGGGCCUCCUUGACAACGCGCACAACAUCUUCGACGUCAAUGAAGACAUUCCCCAACUACUGGGUGCUCACCCUUCCGGCCUCUUUACAGACGACGUGGCCCACUACAUCAUCUCCGAGGAUUCCGCCAUUGUGGUCCGACGAGAGAUAGCUCCGACGAGCGCCUUCUCCAGCGUAGACCUGCACCAGGGCGGGCUGUUCGAGGGCUUCCGCGCUGGCUUUGCCACGAGCCAACAUGCUGUCCUUGUGCCCUGGAACUCAAGCCGGCUCGCCGCGUUCCACCUGUCCAACAUUGAAAACCUCACCGCGCUGAACCUCGCCGACUCCGACUCCGGUCUGUCGGACUUCACCAGUGGGUUUGCCUCAGAGGACUGGGUGUUUUUG